CAUCCGUUACCUCCCUCCUCUGAACCACCAGCUUCCACACCCAAAUCCUCAGCCAUGGCCUCUCACUUCAAACUCGCCUCAUUUCAUAGCCCAUCAACCCAAUUCAAUGGAUCACACUCGUUUCAUUCUUGAUCAAACCCCUUCUCCCACUGAUUUCUCUUGGAACUCCUUGAUCAGGGCCUACACCCUCCACGACUCUCCGCAAAAUUCUAAAAGCUUGUUCAACCUUAGGUCGGUGUUUGAAGGUGAACACAUUCAUACUCAUGGUUUAAGAUUGGGUUUUGUAUCUGAUUAUUUGUGUGUAAUUCUUUAAUAGAGAUGUGUUGUAAGUAUUUUUGUCUUGAUUCCACUCAGAAUUUGUGGGUUGAUAUGGAAUUUAGAGAUGAGGUUUCUUGGCAUUCGAUCAGGGUAUGUGCACUGAGGUGAGGUUGAGAGGCACGGGAGUUGUUCGAAGAAAUGCCAACCAGAAGGAAUGUCGUUCGCCAGACUGCAAUGAUAAAUGUGUAUGGGAAAGAAGGGGAUUUUGUUGAGAUGUUGAGUUCUUUUUUUUUUUUUUGGGGAUGCUUGUUUCGGCUGAUGAGGUCCAACUCAAUGCAACAACAAGAGUGUGCCUACUGUCUGCCUGUUCAACUCUCUGUAAUUAUGGAGUUGGAAGGUUCCUUUCGGUUUUUAUCGAUGUUUAAAAGAUCCCUUUGAAGGCAAUCGUGUUUACUGCUCUUGUAGACAUGUAUUCUUAAGUGCGGGGAUGUGGAGAAAGCUUGGAGAAUCUUUGAUGGUGUUUCUUGUAAGAAGCUGCCUUCUUGGAAUGCCAUCAUUUCUGAAUAUGCGCAGUGUGGACUUCUUGAGGAGGCAAUUGAUUUAUACUGUCUCAUGAAAGCUCAGUCCGUGAAACUGAAUGAGAUCAUGUUGGUGAAUGUGUUGUCUGCUUGUGCUGGCUUAGGGGCACUGGAACUUGGGAGAGAAGUUCAUCUGUACCCUAAACGGCUUAGAGCUAAAUGUGAUUCUUGCCACUACUCUGGUUGAUGUGUGCAAAAUGUGGUAAAAUUGAUGAUGCUUGUUUGGUUUUUGUCAAGACAAGCGAGAAAGAUGUAGCCUUGUGGAAUGCCAUGAUACUGGGCCUGGCUUACCAUGGUGAUGUAAGUGAUUCUUUAGUGGUUUUUUCACAGAUGGAGAGGACUGGCGUGCAGCCCAAUGAUGUCACAUUCAUUGGAGUUUUAUCAGCUUGUAACCACUCAGGAUUGGUAGAAGAGGGAAGGGUUCAGUUUUCUAGUAUGGCUGAUAAACAUGGAUUGUCUCCCAAACUUGAGCAUUGUGCUUGUAUGUUAGAUCUCCUUGGCCGGGCUGGGCAUCUCAAAGAAGCAUAUGAAUUGGUCCAGAACAUGGAAGGUGGAAGGACGUUGCUAGAGUUAGGAGACAGGUAAAAGCGAAAAGGAUGGAAAAGCCUUCUGGUUGUAGUUAGGUUGCAGUUGAUGGUGCUCUUCAUAGAUUUGUAGUUGAAGAUACAACUCAUCUGAAAUCUCAGGAGAUCUACAGCACCUAUGAAAUUCUGAUUGAUCAUUUGAAGGCUGAAGGGUAUGUGCUAAAUUCUGGUUUCUCAUGGAGGUAUUGAUUGAAUUCUGCUGAUGGGAUAAGGCAUUAUGAGGGUUAGCAUAUGACUUAAUAUUUGGAACCAAACAUAACCUAAAAGAACUGUUUAAGUUUUGGCACACUGGUUUUUGGUUCGAGACCAGGCGGUUAUACCAUUGUUCAAUAUACUUAGAAUACUUUAGUGAAGAGACAAUGUAAUUUAGAGUGCGUUUGGGAAUGAUUCUAGAAUGAUAAAAAUUAACAUCUAAAUUAGCAUUUUUAACACUUGAAUGAUAAAAAUUUUCAAGUAUUAGAAA